AUGGCAUUUAGUUUAAGUAGAAAAGAAGGAUUUCCUUCUCAAUUUGGAGAGUUGUAUCCGCCAGUGGAUAUAGAUGUUGUUGAAAUUGGCAUUAUUACAUUUGGAAUUAUUUUAUUCAGUUCUUUAAUUUCUAUAACAUCUAUUAAUAGUAGAUUUUACAGCUAUGGUAUUCGUCUUCUGAUAAGUGUUUUUAUUGGAACAAUAAUUCUGUUCAACAAUUAUGGUCAAAAAUGGGAAUACAAUUCAAUCAAAACAAAUGUUACUUCGAUUAAUAAAUCUAUUAAUCGAACGGAAAUUGAUGUAGAAAUAAGAAUCAAAAUUGGAUUAAGGUCAAUAAAUGUAACAUUAAAAUCGUUAGAAGAUAAAAAAAUUGAUUAUAAUGAGGAAUUCAAAUGGACUUGGGAUCAAGGAAUUAUUGGAUUUGGACUCCAUUCUGGACAUUUACAACAAAGUUUUCGAAAAUCUCAAUAUCGUGGAUUACCGAUUCCUAUAUUAGAAGUUGUUGAUAAUUUAAUAAUUGAUGGAGAAAAUUUUCGCUAUGGAAGAUUUUAUCGAAAUGCUGGAUGGUACACACACAAGUUGCUAAAUAUUACAUUCUUUAUAUGGGUAUUUGCUGUGUUUAAAUUUAGAGCUUUGGUUAUGUAUAAAGCUCUAAUAAUAUUAUCUGCUGGACUAUUACAAAUAAUAGCAAGUGUCGUUUGGUGUUAUAUGAAAAAUCCUAUUCCAUUGAAAAUAAUUUUCGAGAAUGGUCAAUUAGUUCCAAAAUAUGGAUUAAAUUUUUGGCUUAAUUUAUUUUCAGGGAUCUUCUGUACGCUUUUAGCUAUCAUCAUUUUUAUUGCAUACCAUUGGUAUCAAGGGCCAACGGUAUUAUUUUUUGGACUGGAUCCUUUAUCAGAAUUUGAAGAAGAAAUUCAUCUAUGUGAAAUUAAAAACAAUGAAUGCAACGAAAUGAAUGAACAGGGACAAAAAUCACUUACGAAUGACAUUGAAUUGAAUGAAAUCACUAGGAUGGCCAAUAACAGUGACAUUGUUGAAUAUCAUUGUUUAAGAGAACGAAAAAAAAGUUUCAUCCGAAAACGUCGUUAUCGAAAUUUAGUUACAGGCCAGAAUUUCUCUGAUUCAAGUCGAAGUGAAAGUACGGUACAAUUAAUACAUACAUAAAAUUCAAGAACAUAACUACAAUGGGUACAUUUUACUAAGAUAAGAAAUUGAUAAAUAUUAUAGAAAGGGCUUGCCCCUAACAUAUCUUUUGUUCCAAAG